CGCCGUCUGCUUCCCCUUCCGCCCGCUUCCCUCCUUCCCUACUGUCUCUCUCUCGCUCCCCUCUCGCUCCCAGACGACUGUUGGGCCGCCGCCGCCGCCGCCCUAGGCCAGGUGCUGAGGCUUUCCUUGGUCUCUUCGCCGGCGACGAGCACCCACCAGCCAAGCUGGUUUUCUAGGAGAGCUUUGAUGAUUGCUUUACAAGGAUGAUAUGGCCUCCCGUCCAAAGCUGUCUGGUAUUCAGAAGCAGGUUUUGGCGCUGUACAGGGGAUUUCUUCGGACAGCACGCCUUAAGGCCCCUGAAGAGCGCCGCAGGAUCGAGUCUGUUGUCUCAGCAGAGUUCCAUGAGAACGCAAGGAGUGUCGACCGUAGGAACUUUGUACACAUAGAGUACUUGUUGAGGAGAGGGAAGAAGCAGCUUGAGCAGCUCAAGAAUCCUGAUAUUACUGGACUUGCUACGCUUGAAGUAAAGAAAUGACUAAUGAGCAAUUUCUUCUUCUUCUUGGACUGUUUUUACAGCAACAGUUGUCGAAAUUACAGGUCCAUUCAUUGCCAGAACAAAGAAUCAUCAUGAUACCAGUGUUUUCGAUGUGAAGAUUUGGGACCUGCCAUUGAUGGUGCCCAAAGAAAAUAAAUAUGACCACAGAUUUGAUAUCCAGGGAUUUUCUGGGGUUUUCUAAUUAGCCUAUGGGAAUCUCAAGUUCAAUCUUGUAACACCUAAUCCAAAGAAAAUAAAUAUUAUUUUACUACCUUCUGGUGUAAGCAGAGGUUAACGUUAAAAAAAUAUCGUGAUUGGUCUGACCCUGUUUGUGC